UUCCGUUGAGGUGACGUGUCUGUCUGCGUUUCAUUGGGUGAAGACUAGCGCUGCUCUUUUUCCUCAGGUUUAAGUGAGUAGAGGUGGAUUUAGCUGCCCAGGGGUCAACAUGAUGCGAUUUAUAACAGCGAUUUUGGCUCUUUGUCUGGGCCUUUGUGCAGCUGAGACUUGCACAGACCCAGUCAUCUCUCCGUCUUCAUACACGACGACAGACGCGCUCAUCUCCUCCGAGACCGUGUUCAUCGUCGAGCUGAGUCUGGCGUGUGCUAACGGAGCUCAGAGUGUUGCUCUUUAUGCAGACGUUAAUGGCAAGCAGUUUCCUGUGACCAGAGGCCAAGAUGUUGGCAAAUACCAGGUCUCAUGGAGCGUUCCUCAUAAGCAGGCCAGCUCAGGCACAUAUCAUGUCAAAUUCUUUGACGAGGAGUCUUACAGUACUCUUAGGAAGGCUCAGAGAAACAAUGAAGAUGUUGAAGCCAUCAAGCCUUUGUUCUCCGUCAAUGUGGAUCACAGGGGUGCAUGGAGUGGUCCCUGGGUGUCCACGGAGGUCUUGGCUGCUCUGAUUGGCAUUUUGGUCUACUACCUGGCUUACAGCACCAAAAGUGCAAUCCAGGCUUGAGAUGAGAAGAAAUUCUUCACCACACUGUUCAAACUGGUCUCGAGGCAUUCCCUAUUCUGACAUUUAAUAUGCAGAUUUUAGUGCCAUGGACAAACACAAGACUGGUUUGUUGGGAAAAAUAUCAUUAUGGACAUUAAUUAUAACACCCAAAGUUGGUGUUAUGUACUUUUUUUUUUUUUGCAAACUCAAAUUAAAGAAAUACAACUUUUCAUUUGUGCUAUUAAAAUUAAACCAUCAUCAUAGUCCAGUUAUCUUGUGUGAAGUGUCCCAAAUAUCGAUGAAAUUCAUUGACUAUGGGAAUAAAGAAUUUUCUCAGUU